UUUUUUGUCUAAUAUGUAUAACAGUUUACUGAUUACUUGUUUGUUCCAGAUUGGCUCGUGUUUUUUGUGUUUUCCUGCUGGAUUUACUGGAAGAAAAGAAGGAGACGAUGUUCUCUUCCUGUAAGUGCUGCGCUCAAGUGUGCGCGCCAUAAAUCUGGGCUAAAGUAGGAGAGUCGGAGACAGCUGCCGCCUGUAAAUAUUCACCUAAAAAGACGGCAAGAGAACUCACAAGUGCAGCUGAAGUGAGAAAUAAGAAAAAUGAGACGUAAAAAUCAUGUGGCGAAAGUUUCACUGAAAUUCAUCGAAAACACAGAGUUUUAGUGGAAUGAGUCUGUAUCGAAGUAUUCAGUGAGCUUGUUUGUUUUCCUGUUUUCGACCAGGAAACAGGGAACAGGAGGAUGUCAGACUCCCACUCCUGUCUUGCGCCAUAUCUCCUUGAUUUAUGAUCUCUUCCUUUGGACUGGAGACCUUUAAAAAGCCUCAGUUUCUAAACUCGGGUUAGUCAAACCGACAUCAUGAUGCUGGAGAAGGACCUUCUCGUGGUUGCUGCUCUUUUUGUUUCUGCCCUCAUUUCACACAGUGAGUAAUUGACUCGUUCAUUUAUUGAUCAAAACUGACUUUGUCAUAUUUUUGUGCAAUGUGUGUAUUUUAAGAGUUUUCUUCCUCUCCUCAUUUCAGCCGAGGGUAUACUCGGGGGCAGAGAGGCGGCCCCGCACUCUCGGCCCUACAUGGCCUCCAUCCAGGUGCAAGAGGGAGAGAACAUGAAGCACGAGUGUGGAGGGUUUGUGGUCGCAGAGCAGUGGGUGAUGACUGCAGUUCACUGUCUGCCAACAGGGUGAGGAGGACACUGUAGUCCGAUGUGAAAUGGGAUGACUUUAGAGGCGGUUUAAUUUCACAUUUCAUGAGCAAAUAUCAAGAUAAAAUGUUGGACGUCCACACGAAACACGGGCUAAGUUAAUCGAGCAAAUGUAAAAAAGUCUUAGUGUCUUUGUUUUUCUAAAGUUUCAUUAAAAAAAGACCAAAUCACAUGUUCAUACAGUGUGUCUUGGUGAGGAAGGUGUGUUUCUAGGCUUCUAGAGCGCUAAGGUGGGCUUUAAAGAGAAAGUAGUUGAAAUGAGUUGUUGAGUCUGCAUGUAUAAGGAUAUUUUUAAAUAAGAGGUGUUUUUGGAUCAUUUUUUAUCCAUAUAACCUCCUAAAAACACUCCCCUCCUUCUCUAAACAGCACAGAGACUGAAUCAAGAAACUGGUAUCCUUCCAUCUUCGCACAUGUGCAAUACGUAUAAACAUUUAUUGCAAUGCUGAAGUACGUCAGCGUAUCCCAAAAGUCUGUUUUGCCGUCCACAGGACAUUAAAAAUCUCCACCUUGGAAGGCAUUUUCCAAAACCUCUGUUUUCACUUACUCAAAACUCUGUUUAUGUGCGGACAGAGGCUUGAAAAAUGGAUUUUAAAGACGGCAAUCUGAGAUAAGUGAGGAGUUUUUUAAGCUGGAGAGCUUCAGAAAGACAAUGUCCUGAAAAAUGAGGAUAAUACCCCCUUUUUACAGCCGUGAAAGUUUUGUUUGGGGUCAGUUUUUAAAAAUAUUGUUGUUGUUAUCAGACACAUUUUAACUGUACAAAAUUUACUAAUUUUUUGUCAAGCUUUUAAUAUUCUUAGGGAAAACAGGUGGUUAGAAAAAGAGAAGGUUUGGUUUGAUUGUUUUUUUUAGUGUUUGUGUUUAAAGAUAAUUCACUCUAAUAGUCGUAUUUUUCCCUUUUUUUUUAACAGGCCAAAUGGAAGGAAAGUAGUUCUGGGUGUCCAUUCUCUGAGCGAACCUGAAGACACAAAGCAGACGUUUGAUAUUUUGGAGCUUCACAAUCAUCCAAACUUCAACAGUGACAAUUAUGACAAUGACAUUUCUUUGAUUAAGGUGAGUGUUUCAUUUGUGUCUGAGUAUUUCAGACUGAAUUCUCGGGUCUGCAGAGGUAGGAUAUGAUUUUUCUGUGACGUUUGCAGUUGGACCGUCCAUUUAACGCCUCUGAAGCUGUCAGCGCUCUGGAAUAUCUGCGAGCAGGCGGCACCAACCCCACCACAAAUGACGUGGUGGAGACGGCCGGCUGGGGUUCCCUGGAUGACCUGGGAAACAGACCAGACAAGCUCCAGGAGGUGGUGGUGGAUGUGGUCAGCUCUAUACGAUGCAGACGCGGCGACUACUUUGGCAGCAAGUUCACCCCAAACAUGAUCUGUGCUCAUCGACUUUGUCCAACGCCCUGCGACAAGCCGACCAAUAAGGAUGACAGCUGCGACGUAAGUCUGAGCUCAUCAGUGUUUCUCAUUUUGUUUACAUUUCAUCCUCUGUUCAGUUAUAGAUGUUUGAACACUAGAUUAACCCUGUCUGUCUGUAUUUUGAUGUUCUUUCAGGGGGACUCUGGAGGUCCUCUGCUCUUUAAUGGCGUUGCAGUGGGAAUCACCUCCAACGGGGGGAAGAAGUGUGGCCAAAUACGAAAGCCGGGAAUUUACACCAUCAUCUCCCACUACACUGAGUGGAUUUCCACAACCAUGACCCAGCAGGCCCCUGCAACAGAGGACUAGAUAUAAAGAAGACUAGCCAUUAACACUUAAAGUUAAAAAAGCACAUUUUUUAUUUUAUAAGACAAUAAUUUUUUCCAGCUGUAACGUUAUAUUUGCUGUAUUUGUACUGCUUUUGAAUGAUUUACAAACCAUCUGAGACUGAUUUUAGAAAGGCAAACAACCACGGCACAACCCUGCCAGUGCAUUUUAUAUCAUUUAUUUGAAAAUCACUUUAAAAGAAUCAAUAAAAUACAAUCAAUCACACCCAGGUGUCAUGUCUGAAUUGAUGCAAAAAUUAAAAAAAGAACAUCUUACAGAAACGACAGAACCAAAAUCAUUAUUAUCACAGUAAAAGUCAUGAAUCAUAUCAUUUAAGGGUUAUAUAAUCACAGCUCUGAUUAAAUCUGAACCUGUUUGCAUCAGACUCUUUGUUUUUAUACACAUGACAGAUCGUGUUUAAGGAUGUCCUCGUUGGCUAAUCCAGAGAGCUGAUAAACUUAUCAGACAAGUCCUCAGAGAAAUGGGGAAACAUAGAAACAUAAACAAAUCUGCAGCUGUGCUUCGUCUCCCGUCUCUGUCCUUUAAAAUUACCAUUAGAAAUAUUCAGAGAAACAACUCCCUUAAAUUUUUCGUGUAUUUAAAUUCCACCUUAAAAAGAAAAUAUAAUGACAGCAUAAAAAUCACUUAAUCCCUGCAGGACUUGUUCUUCCUAACUGCAUAAAGAAAACUUUAAAAGGUUAAAAA